GCAGAUGAACUUAAGCGUCAUUUCGUCGACAGCCGGGCGAAAGUGGUGCUCACAAACAAAGAGUCGUUAACAAAAGUGCUCACUGCCAGUCGAGACUCGCCGUACAUUAAGCACGUAAUCUGUAUUCAAGAUGAGUCACACAGUCAGCUUCCAUCUGGGGUGCACUGUUGGGAUAAAGAUGUCACCAAAACACCUACUGAAGCGAUACCCAAGCCAGAUAUCGACAUUGUUAACGAUAUGGUGUUCUUGCCAUAUUCAAGUGGGACGACAGGAGCGCCAAAGGGUGUGAUGAUUUCUCAUCUGAACAUCGGCGCCAUGAUGAAUAUUUUCGAAUGGCACGACGAUCAUCAUAUGUGUGGCGCAUUGGAGCCGUCUUGGAACAUUGCGAAGGACAAGAAACUGAUGGUUUUGCCGUUCUACCACUGCUAUGGCUUUUCUCUUCUCAUGGCCGGUCUCCUGAAAGGCAAUGCCGUUGUUGUGAUGAAACGCUUCGAACCAGAGCUCUUCUGCAAAACUAUUCAGCGCCACCGGGUACGCUUUUCUUGGAGGUAUCUCUUACGGCUGUAUUGCUUCUAUUUUGUACUGCUAUAUACCUCUAACAUAGUACUCACGCGCUCG